UCAUUAUUCAAUUCAAUGGCUUCUUCUAACUUCACUACCUUCUUUCUUUUCUUCCUCCUCUUUUACGUUCCUUUCAUUUCUCAUUCUUCUGCAUAUCCAUCUUCCUCAUCGUCAUCCUGGGUGAGAGCUGCUUUUUACGAUAUUAGCAGUGAAAUUCCCAUUUCAGACGUAAAAUCUAAGCUUUUCACUCACCUUCUUUGUGCUUUUGCUCACUUAAGCUCCUCCGAUUACAAUAUUUCAAUCAAACCUUCUGACCUGCAAAAGUUCUCCACCUUCACGCACACUGUAAAGCUCCAAAACCCAUCUGUUACAACGCUUAUAUCCAUUCGGGGAGGUGGAGAAUACUCUUCAAUUUUUUCCUCUAUCAUAAAUAGUUCUUCUCAUAGAAAAUCCUUCAUUGAUUCAUCGAUUCGAACCGCUAGGCUAUAUGGGUUUCAGGGGAUAGACCUUUGUGGGGUCGGGCCAAGUGCUGGUUCUGAGUUGAACAAUCUAGGAACCCUCUUGGAGGAAUGGCGAGAAGCUUUAACUUCUGAGGCAAGAAACUCAAGCAAGCCAGAAUUGGUCUUGGUAAUGGAAGGUUACUACUUUCCCGCCGGAAAAUCCUUGAGUUACCCUUUCGAUUCAAUGCGGAGGAACUUAGAUUGGGUGCAAUUUGUAGCCUAUGAUUACUAUCUUCCAACAAAGAACAAUUUUACAGGUUUUCAUGCUGCCUUAUACAGCCCAUCUGGGUGGGAUAAUACUGAUACUGGUAUCAAAGAGUGGAAGAGCAGGGGAUUUUCAUCUAGCAAGCUGCUUAUUGGCUUGCCUUAUCACGGGUAUGCAUGGAUGCUGCAAAAUCCAGCAAACAGCACCAUGGGAGCGCCAGCAUCAGGACCUGGUUUGACAAAAGAUGGUUCAGUGGGUUACAAGUUGAUAAAAAGCUACAUAAAGAGCUUUGGGGAGGCAUCUUCUGAACAGUAUAAUUCUAGUGUUGUGGCUAAUCAGUUCCAAGUUGCAUCAACUUGGAUUAAUUUCGACGAUGUAGAGGCAAUCCGGGCUAAAGUUUCUUAUGCCAAGAGAAAUGGGCUUCUUGGUUACAUUGUUUUCCAAGUGGCUAAUGAUGAUAAUUGGAUCCUUUCCAAGGCAGCUCUGGACAUAGAUGAAGAUCAUCAUACAAGGAAGCUGUUAAUAAUUGUUCUGCCGACAACUCUGACCAUCAUGCUGAUUCUGCUAUUGGGAAUAAUAUAUUGCUACUAUUCUAGAGGAGAAUUAGCUUUUGCUACAAAAGUAAUAUGUAAACUGAAGAGAUAUUUACGACCAGAUGAGAAAAAUCUUGAGGAAAGUACUCAUGACCUGCUAGUGUUAAAGUAUGCUACUGUUAAAAUGGCCACACAUAACUUUUCAAACGACAAUAAGCUUGGAGAGGGUGGAUUUGGCACAGUAUACAAGGGUAAAUUAAGGAAGGGACAGGAAAUUGCAGUAAAACGGCUCUCUAAAACUUCAAGGCAAGGCCUUGAAGAGUUCACAAAUGAGGUCUCACUUACAGCAAAACUACAACACGUCAAUUUAGUUAGACUUCUGGGAUACUGCUCUGAAAGAGAUGAGAAAAUACUGAUCUAUGAAUACCUCCCAAACAGAAGCUUGGAUCAUUUCCUCUUCGAUCCAAGGAGAUCAAUUCUUUUGGACUGGAGAAGACGUGUCAACAUCAUUGAAGGGGUUACUCAAGGUCUUCUUUAUCUCCAAGAGUACUCAAACUUCACUAUAAUCCACCGAGAUUUGAAAGCUAGUAAUGUGUUGUUGGAUCAUGAAAUGAAUCCAAAAAUAUCUGAUUUUGGGAUGGCUAGAAUGUUCAAGAAAGACGAACUUGAAGCAAACACUGGAAGGAUUGUUGGCACAUAUGGAUAUGUGCCCCCUGAAUAUGUGAGAAGAGGCGUAUACUCAAUGAAGUAUGAUGUCUAUAGUUUUGGAGUUCUUCUCUUGCAAAUCAUUAGUGGAAAAAGGACCUCAUGUUACUAUGGCACACAUGAAAAUUUGAAUAUGUUGGAAUAUGCAUAUGAGCUGUGGAGAGAAGACAAAGGGAUGGAGUUCAUCGAUCAGUCAUUGGAUGACACCGAAUCACCUUGUAAAAUCAUGAGAUGCAUGCAAGUAGCUUUGUUGUGUGUCCAGGAGAAUCCGAAUGACAGACCUUCCAUGCUAGAAGUUUAUUCAGAUCUCAAGAAUAAUGAAGCCUCACCUAUUAGUACUCCUAAAAGACCUGCUUUUUCUGUAAAACAAGGUGAAGAUGCCGGAGAAACAUGUCAGUGCAAGAUUGGAUUUUCUUCGAUCAACGAUGUAACAAUCUCUCAGCUAGUGGCCAGAUGAUGGACAAGAAAAGUUGUGGACUAGUUUUGCAGAAUCAUGGAACUAUGUUCUUGAAUCAGAGGCCAUGCAAUGCAUACAUUUCCUAAGCCUUUUUUCCCCCUUGACUGAAUACAUUUCCUAAGCCUAACAGUAUAUAGUGUAUUCUAAUUUUGAUUCACUUGUGACUGUUGAAAGUUUCUUUAGUCAUGGCUGGUAUCACAGUGGCAAGAUGUGUGAGCAAAUCCAGAAUGGUCUGAAAGUUUAGCUUAGAGGCAAACAAAAGUAGGACUGCUAGAUUUCAUAAUUUUUGUUAUUCCUUUUUA